AUGGAACGCCGCUCAUUUUUCAGGCCCGCCGUCGACUUUGAUGCCCUGAGCCCCUUGAGUGACAGUGACCAUGAGGUGUUCACGGAGGCUCCGCGCAUGGCGGCCUUGAUCGCCAAGAGGCGGCAAAGCAAGGCACAGCCAGAAGUCAAGCCAGCCAGGAAGCAGAAGGAGCGUGAAGCCUGGGCUGAUCUGCAAACUGAUGAUGAGGACAACUUCCCGACCUGGGAGCCUAAGAUUCAACAGGCACCAAGCGUGGCAGUGACGCAAGGGCUUCGCUGGGAUCCACUUGGCCUUGAGGGGGAAUGGUCCCCAGUCUCUGACCUUCUGUUCAACAAGAUGGCGGUGGAGAAGCAGAAUGACCUGCAGAGCAAUGGCACUGUGUUUGACAAGUGGUCCUGGAGCACCACAGCUACAGAGGCGGAUGCAGCACUGGAGGAGUCUUCGCCGAGCUCCAGGAGCAGCGGCCAGACCGAUGCUGGAAGCACGGAGGCUUCCCCAAGCGAUGAGCAGCCUUUGCCACAACCGCUGAACCAGCCGCUGCCGGCGCAGCUGCCGACCCCUUCGCAGAUGCUGCAAAUGUCGGUGCCUUUGCCCCCGCAAGUGCAACUGCAGCAGGUUGCCGUGAUGCCAAUGCAGGCACCUCAGCCUCCGAUGAUGCUGCCAGUUCCGAUGCCUCCAAUGCCCAUGGGCAUGGGCAUUUUGCCCGUCGUUAUGUCGAUGCCGCACAUGCAAACCGUGCCCAGCGUACUGCCGAACGUGAUGCCCUCGGCGCAAAUCGCCGUGUCGCCACAGGCAUCCACGACCUCAGGCGCGCCCCCAGGCCCUGCCUUUGGCUGCGCGCACCGCUUUCACCAGAAGAACUCCAGCAUGGGUGUCCUCUCACCAGAUGCACGAAGCUUCACUAAGCGAUACAACAAGGGACGCUUGAGCAUCAUCUCCGAGAACAAGGUGCACUUCAAAGGCACUGUGCGAUAUGCCGUGCAAUUUACCGAAGGAGAGCUUUGCAGUGCUGACGGAGUAGGCUUCAUCCUCUCGUCAGACUUGCCUUGCACGCGAAACAUCCAAAAGAUCAUUUCGAUCUUCGUGAAUCGAACUGGCCGCAUUUGCGUCCGCGUGCACGAUGAGGUGGAUCGCUGCCCUCAACGUGUGAAAUGCCUGGAAAUUGGAGACUGGCUUGAGGGUCGCUGCAAGAAGCAAGCUGCGAGGGCGCAAACCUCGGCGCCACCACGCCCAAACACCCUGGCCCUGGAGGUUUCAAAAAGGGCAGAGAGCGACCGCUGCCAGUUCAACAGAGCAGAGAGUGACCGCUGCCAGUCUAACAAGUCCCAGGGUCGCUGCAAGAAGCAAGCUGCGAGCGCGAAACACCCACAGGACAAGGUUGGGGCAGAGAAAGUAGGAUUUCUGGCGGUGGUGAUGAAGCACCUGGGCGUCUCAGUGAAGUUGGUCACGCAGUUGAAGGUGCAGGGCUUCUGCCCGGUUGGGCAGAAGCGGAAAGGAAGCAAAGACACCAUCUUGAGUGGCAACAGUGCAAGCAUUCGAACGGCGCCCGCCGUCGACUUUGAUGCCCUGAGCCCCUUGAGUGACAGUGACCAUGAGGUGUUUGCUGAUGCUCCGAGGAUGGCGGCCUUGAUUGGCAGGAAGCGCCAAAGCCAGGCACAGCCAGAAGUCAAGCCAGCCAGGAGCGUGAAGGAGCGUGAAGCCUGGGCUGAUCUGCAGACCGAUGAUGAGGACAACUUCCCGAGCUGGGAGCCUAAGAUGCGUGAGGCAGGUGGGUGA